UUUUAAAAAUACGGAUCUAAUUUUUUUCUCAAAUUACAACAAGUAACACAUAUAAUACACGAUUUAUCACAAUCUUAAAAAAUAAAAGUGACGUUCAAAAAAGAAAUCCUUAAUUAGUGAUUUCGGUGCAGUGCUGGCCUAUUUAGGCUAGACCGGGCCAUGACGCUCGGUGUCAGCUCAUCUAGUCAGGUCCGCUCACAACUGUAGUGCAAAAUAGUUCUUCCCAUAAGAUAAAAAAAUCAUGCCGUUGGACAGCCCAUGCUCCCCUCGCCCCCCUCCCCGUCGGCAACGUCCGUCGCGUCGGCGCCCCGUCAGGUCUCGACUGCCCCGCUGCCGCCCCCUCCAUUCCGGCCAGUCCGCCUUGCGCCCGGGGCCCCAUGGUUCUUCUCAGAGGAGCAGCGGCUGCGCCUCAGGUCCUCGGCGCUGGUGGUGGCUCCGGAUCUGAGCCAACCCACGCAUUCUGCGCCUGCGACGGAUCUGGCCGCUGCUAUCGGGACUGGGUCCCCCUCCGCUACGUGCCGCCUUUCCCUGGCCGAGGAUCCGGGUCAGUCAGCGCCGGAUUCGCUGCCCCCUUCCCUUGCCACUAUUGGCGCUUGGGCCGCCUCUGCCAACAUUCGAGGCGUCGGGUGCAUUCAUGGCGCCGGUUGCUCUCGGGGCGUCGGAUGCAUUCAUGGUGAGGCGCCCCCGCGUCCUUCUUCACCGGUGAAGCCAUGCGUCUUCAAUGCGCCACCGAGACUACGCUCCUCCAUAAGCAUCCUGCCCGGCUGCGACCGGGCCAUCUUCGUGCCUCCAGGCUGUUCUGCCGCGCCGGACGACGUCCCAUCCUCACCUCGGGAGGAGGCCGGAUGGACUGUUGCGCGCUGCCCGAGCCGUCCGCGAGGGGACGCAUCUUCAAGCCUGCCUGCUCCUCCACCUGCCCAUCCCGCGCCCCUUCACCUCGAGGAGCAGCGUCGUGCGAGCCAACUCCGCUUCAAAAGGCGCACGGAGGGUCUCUGUUCUUGCUGCCUUGCCCCUUUGCACCACCGAUCCGUCAUAUGCAGAGAUCCCAUCCGUUGUCUAGCCUGCAAGCUCUUGGGGCAUACAGAGCGACGGUGCCCGCAGCGCUACAAGCUGAAGUCCCACCCUCCCAAGCUCGCCUAUUCCUCGGCUGCUUGGCCUCGCCCCACGCCUUCCUCCUCGGGAGUGUGCUCCUGGGCUGCCGUCGUUGUCGAUUCCCCCACUCCGGCCCUUCCUCCGCCUCCGCCUCCGCGCUUGGCUGAGAUGGCCCGCUCCUCCGCGGGUAUUGGGGCGCCGGACGCUCGCCCUGAGGAGGAUUCCUGCAUCAUCCCGUCCUCCUUCGACUUGGACCGGGACAUGCUCGAGUCGGAGGAGACUGCGGCCAUUGCCUGGCCUGUCAACUCGCCGCGACGUCUUGAGGCGCUGGACGUCGACCGCGCCAUCCGGAAGCAGUUCCAUCUGAGCCACACGAAGGUGGUAGUCACCUCGUACCACCCCGUCGAGUUCCUCGUCAAGUUCAACCACAAGGCGCAUUGUGACGAGGCGCUUGCUGCGGGGAGGGUGCGUGCCGGCGGCAGCGUCGUCCACAUCCGGCCAUGGCGUCCGCUGGAGCGGGCUUUCGGUGCGGCUCUAAACUACAGAGUGCGCCUCUGUCUCGAGAAUGUGCCGGACUACGCCUGGACUCCGUUCGUCGCCGAGCGCAUCAUCGGCCGUCGUUGCUCGUUUGACCGUCUCGAGGACCACUCCGUGCUCAGGACGAACUCCGAGACGCUCGACCUUUGGGUGUGGAGGCGGACCCGAACCUCAUCCCGAAGGUCAUUUCGCUCACCUUCACUACGAGGCCGACCAGCGGCCUGCAAGUUUUCGCCAAUGAAGCUAGGCCAUCCGGCUGCAAGUGAGGCGCCACCUUCCGCGUGCUGGUUCAUUUGGAUGAGGUGGAGGACCAAGCCAAUGCCCCGCUGGACUGCUACGUCACUGACAACCGCGCCGCGUCGUUCAACACGCCUCGUGCGGACCUGGUUUGGAACCGGGGCUCUAUUGAUGGCGUCCCCCCGCCGCUCGGGGCUACGCUGGCCGAUCCUUCUCCAGCCAUCAACUCAAAGGCUGCUGCUCCUCGCUAGCAUGGCCGAAGGUCGGACGACCACCCUCGACAGCUGCCACAGAGUCGCGACGACGACGACGACUUGGACGAUGACUGGCAGAGGGGUGGCGAUCGUGACGGCCGCUGACGCGCCGGCCGUGUCCUGGAGAACCGCUUGGAGGUGCGCAGGGACCGCACCCGUUCCCCCCUUCGGCGGGACGGGGCAGCCGGGCAGGACGGUUGGCGUCGGGCGGGGUUUGUUGGCACCACGGUGCCGGUCUCUCCGACGGUAGGUUCGACUGCUGAUCCCUUCGGUCAGCAUCACCUGUUGGCCAUCGGUGGCGGGCUGCAGUUCGGUGAGCAUGCCCGAGCGCUCCGGGACGAGUUGGCCGUGGCAAUUGAGGCGGUGGUCGCUCCGCUGCGCUUUGAGUUCUCUGCGAUGCGACGUGCGCUUCUCGGGCUCCUCGACAAAGCGGAGGGGCUCCUCUCCAACCUUGCCUCGCCGGCGCGUGCUCUUGCGGUGCUUGCCGGCUUCGGGCCGGACGAGGAUGAGGUUAUCCCCCUCACUGCCGACCUCGAUGGUCUCGCUCUCGACUCACCUUGUCUUCGCUUGGGGGAGACCACGAAUGAAGCCUGGUCCGCCCCAACCUCAUACGCGCCUAUGCACGACCCUCCCAUCUCUGGGAUGGAGUCUGCUGCGGCUCCUUCGUUUACAACUGGGCCACCUGCAGGCUUGAGGGAGCCGGAGCAGUCUGCGGACACCCCGGCGGUGGCCGAGGCUGCGCUAGCCGCUGAUGCUAUCCUCCGUGUGACGCGAGAGUCUGCUCCGAUUGGCCUCGGGCUGACGCAUGUUGACGCCGAGAACACUGUCGUGCCUUCAACUGUUGGCUAGGAGUCUGUGCUGGGACACAUGUGGAUUGCAUUCCGCUGACUUGGCGGGGGAGCAACUCCCCCGAGGGCGUGAUACGUCUCCAACGUAUCUAUAAUUUUUGAUGGUUUCAUGUUA